UAAAAUAACUCUACGAAGUGAAACAUUUGUAAAGCCCAAACCAAAACCCCUAACACCUUCCUUCUCUAUCUCACUGUAUUCACUCUCAGCGCCGCCCUUGUUCAACCACCGCACUCUUUCUCUCUCCUCUCUUCUUCUUCUCCGUCGUCAUUCAUGGCGUCUCCGGCCGACGACGCUGCCAAGUCCGUCGCUAAUUUGUCUAUGGAUUCUAACCCUAAUCCUGAACCCGAACUCAGCAAGAAUGCGUUAAAGAAGCAAAUGAAGAACAAGCAGAAAGAAGAAGAGCGUCGUCGUAAGGAGGAGGAGAAGGCUGCUAAGCAGGCUGCAAUGCCUAGCUCUCAAGGUCAGAAGGCUCAAUUAGCUGACGAUGAGGAUAUGGACCCUACUCAAUACUUUGAGAACAGGGUGAAAUCGCUGGAUGCACAGAAGGCGGCAGGAAUCAAUCCCUACCCACACAAGUUCUUUGUUACAUUGAGUAUCCCUGAAUAUAUUCAGAAGUAUGGUGUUUUGAACAAUGGGGACCAUCUUGAGGAUGUGCAAGUAUCAAUAGCUGGGAGAAUCAUGAGCAAGCGUGCAUCAUCUUCAAAGCUUUUCUUUUAUGAUUUGCAUGGCGAAGGUGUCAAAGUCCAAGUGAUGGCUGAUGCCAGGACUUCUGAGCUGGACGAAGCUGAAUUUUCAAAGUUCCACGCUUCUGUGAAACGUGGUGAUAUAGUUGGUGUAACUGGAUUCCCAGGGAAAACAAAGAGAGGGGAACUAAGUAUUUUCCCCAAGUCUUUUGUUGUUUUAUCUCAUUGCCUCCAUAUGAUGCCUAGACAGAAGCCUGGUGUUGCUGCUGCUUCAGAGAACGCCAAUAAAGGUGAAGUCUGGGUCCCAGGAAGUACAAGAAAUCCUGAGUUGUACAUCUUGAAGGAUCAGGAAACCCGUUAUCGUCAACGAUACCUGGAUUUGAUGUUAAAUACUGAGGUCAGAGAAAUUUUCAGGACCCGUUCAAAGAUUAUUCAAUAUAUCAGGAGGUUUCUUGACAAUCUUGGUUUCCUAGAGGUUGAAACACCAAUGAUGAACAUGAUUCCUGGUGGUGCGGCUGCUCGCCCAUUUGUGACAUAUCACAAUGACCUAAAUAUGAAGCUAUAUAUGCGUAUUGCGCCCGAACUGUAUCUGAAGGAGCUAGUUGUUGGUGGAUUAGACCGUGUCUAUGAAAUUGGGAAGCUGUUUAGAAAUGAGGGUAUCGACCUGACACAUAACCCUGAGUUCACCUCAUGCGAGUUUUACAUGGCAUUUGCAGAUUAUAAUGAUCUGAUGGAGAUGACUGAAAAGUUAUUGAGUGGGAUGGUGAAGGAAUUGACUGGUGGUUAUGUCAUUAAGUUUCAUGCAAAUGGGCUAGAUAAGGAGCCUAUUGAGAUUGAUUUCACUCCUCCAUACAGGAGGAUUGACAUGAUAGAGGAAUUAGAGAAAAUGGCAAAUCUGUCCAUACCCCAGGAUUUAGCUAGUGAAGAGACUACUCAAUAUUUGAUCAAUGCAUGUGCAAAGUAUGAUGUGAAAUGCCCACCUCCACAAACAACUACUCGUUUAUUGGAUAAAUUGGUGGGACACUUUUUGGAGGAAACUUGCGUAAAUCCAGCUUUUAUCAUUAAUCAUCCAGAGAUAAUGAGUCCGUUAGCUAAAUGGCACAGGUCAAAGCCUGGGUUGACUGAGCGUUUUGAAUUGUUUGUGAACAAGCAUGAGCUUUGCAACGCGUACACUGAACUAAAUGAUCCUAUUGUACAACGCCAGCGAUUUGCUGAACAACUGAAGGAUCGACAAUCUGGUGAUGAUGAAGCAAUGGCGUUGGACGAGACAUUUUGUACAGCUCUUGAGUAUGGGCUUCCCCCUACUGGUGGAUGGGGAAUGGGUAUUGAUCGACUUACAAUGAUGCUGACAGAUUCCCAAAAUAUAAAGGAAGUCUUGCUCUUCCCUGCUAUGAAGCCUCAGGAUGAGCCUACAACCACACCAGCUAAAGCCUAAAGCUGGAGCUGAAGAACACUUUUGUUGACACCACUGGCAAAUGUUAUGUGAUUAAUUUAGGUGGCUUGCUAAUUGAAUCGUAAAUCAUUUUCAAUACUACUCCAUUUUUGUUACUCUAGGAACGUGUGAUUCAGCUUUUUGUAACAGUGUCAGUAACAUCUGUUUAUUUUCUGCAUAUUAUUAGAUUUAUACUACGUCGGGCUGUUUCCUUCGUUUGUUUUUAUGUUUCAUAUACUAAAUUAGCUGAAUUAGUGCUUGAUUUUUGAUGUUAUACCUACACAUGAAGCCAUUAGAAUAACAAUUGUCCAAUCUCAUAGAUUGGAUAAAAUGUCUAA